AUGGUUCAUCUCGGCAUCGUUAAAAAGGACAAUGAGGUCCCCCCUCCUCGUCAAGUUGACUCCGUUCCUCCCCCGGACAUCAAUGACUUCUAUAAUAAUGUUUACGGCAGUCAUUUUGCCGCUGACCACAUGCCCCAGCAUGAGAUGCCUGAGAAUGAAAUGCCCCGACAGAUUGCUGCCCGGAUGAUCAAGGAUGAGCUGAGCUUGGAUGGGAAUCCGAAGCUCAACCUCGCGAGUUUCGUCACAACCUACAUGGAAGAGGAGAUUGAGGAGAUCAUGACCGAUUCUUUCAGCAAGAACUUCAUUGAUUACGAAGAAUACCCACAUUCUGCCGAGAUUCAGAAUCGCUGUAUCAAUAUGAUUGCUCGGCUUUACCACUGUCCAACUGACCCAUCUGGCGAGAAUGCCAUGGGUACCUCGACCAUCGGAUCGUCGGAGGCUAUCAUGCUGGGAACACUGGCCAUGAAGAAGCGAUGGCAGAACAAGCGCAAGGCCGAGGGGAAGGACUUCUCCCGUCCCAACAUUAUUAUGAACAGUGCCGUCCAGGUCUGCUGGGAGAAGGCGGCUCGUUAUUUCGAUAUCGAGGAGAAGUACGUCUAUUGUACCGACACUCGCUUCGUCAUUGACCCUAAGCAAGCGGUCGAUUUGAUCGAUGAGAACACGAUUGGCAUUUGCGCCAUCUUGGGUACCACUUACACUGGUGAAUAUGAGAAUGUCAAAGCGAUCAACGAUCUGUUGGUUGAGCGUAAUAUUGAUUGCCCGAUACACGUUGAUGCAGCCAGUGGCGGGUUUGUCGCUCCGUUUGUCAACCCGGAUCUUGAAUGGGAUUUCCGCCUGGAAAAGGUGGUUUCGAUCAACGUCUCUGGUCACAAGUACGGCUUGGUCUACCCUGGCGUCGGAUGGGUCAUCUGGCGCUCUCCGCAGUACCUACCCCAGGAAUUGGUGUUCAACAUCAAUUACCUAGGAGCCGACCAGGCCAGCUUUACUUUGAACUUCUCAAAGGGUGCUUCUCAUGUUAUCGGCCAGUACUACCAGCUGAUCCGUCUGGGCAAACACGGUUAUCGUGCAAUCAUGACCAACUUGACUCGUAUUGCCGACUACAUGACCUUCGAGCUUCAAAAGCUGGGCAUGAAGAUGUUGAGCGAGACUCAGGGCCGUGGCUUGCCGUUGGUGGCCUUCUGCCUUCCCUCAAACACCGGCCGUGUGUAUGAUGAGUUUGCUGUGGCUCACCAGCUUCGCGAACGGGGUUGGAUUGUGCCUGCGUACACCAUGGCACCCCACAGUGAAAAGAUGCAGAUGAUGCGCAUUGUUAUCCGCGAAGAUUUCAGCAUGAACCGAUGCGAUAGUUUGCUCCAGGACUUUAAGCUUGCUAUUCAGACUUUGGAUUCUAUGGACAAGGCCAUGAUGUCCAAGUACAAGGCACACAUGCAGAGCCACCGCGCUCACCCUCGGCACCAGUCACGUACCCACCCGCACUUCAAGGGCGAGAAACACUCGCUGCAAGGCAAGGAUGGCAAAACACACGGCGUGUGUUAA